UCGGCCGAUCUGGCUCCCAGGCGCACCCAAUCGGAGCAGGCUACGCCCAGGGCAGCCGAUCAUCGGCUUGGCAAUAUCGAAGAAGAAGGAUACUUUACUCAACUUUCAACAGGAGAACGAACAGGGCCCACAUCGGCUCUCGAUAUCUGCUCGCCAGGACAAUCAUUACCGAAGCACUUCCUGAUUCCAUCUCAUCGGAAAGAUCUCAGCGACGAAGAUCGUGAUUUUCUGCAGCGCAAAGGCGUUUUCACACUCCCCGGGAAAAAUGCAUGUGAUAGCAUGGUCGAGGCCUAUCUACUUCAUGUGCACCCAAUCCUACCAGUGGUCGAAGCCGAUCUACUAUUACAGCAUCACCAAUCGGGGCAGCUUCACAGUUACAACACCUUACUACUAUGGAGUCUGUUCUUUGUUGCAGUAAAUUUCAUUCCAGUGGACAUAUGCGAGGAAGAGGGAUUUCCUUCGAGGAGAGAGAUGAGAUUCGAUAUGUAUUCACGAGCAAAAGUAAGGAAUGGCCCACCCACCAGCCCCCUCCGAGUCCCUUCACUUUCUUCCAGUACUGAACAUUUCGAGCUGAGCUGCCAGCUGGGCAAAAUCAUGACUGUGAACUAUCAAGCAGCGAGGUCAAAGCCAUCUCUUCGUGAGCUUGAAAUGAUUGAGAGUCAACUGCUACAGAGCAGAUUGCCAGAUCAGUAUGAAGUUGGACUCAUGCCGAGCACCCGGUUUUAUUCAAACCACGUUCAUUUGCAUUAUCAAGCGAUGCUGGUCACAUUUUAUCGACCCUGGGGAACAGAUGCUCCGAACGAACUUCAUGACAGCGCUAAGAAAGACUGGCAACAUCGAAUGAGACUCAGAGCCGAUGCUGCUGCCUCCAGAACAAACGAGAUUCUAGAUGCGCUAGUUCAAGAUGAUCUUCUGGGGUUUGCAGGGCCUAUGACACCGCCACUUUUAGUUCCCGCGAUGCAGGCGCAUCUCCUUCAUUGCAAGACCGGCGAUCCUCUCUCGAAGCGAGUCAGGCUGAACAAGCUCGAAAUGUGCAUGUUGGUCAUGGAAGAGCUUCAAAAAACGUACACCGCAGCCUCGAUCUACCGGGCCGUCUUCACCAAGGCCCUCCAAAUGAUUUUCCCAGGGUACUCGGCCCCUGUGGCACCUUUUAGCUCCACAGCCAAUGCUGCAGCUGCAGCUCCUACUACUGCAAAUGUGAAUGUUCCUGUCAAUUCUCCUAUGGGGGCCGAUGUCCCUGACUAUACCCAGGGUCAGAUCAACGAGGGCGACUUUGUUGUGGCUGAUGGGAAUCUGAUGGAUGCAUUAAUGGAUGAGGCAUCGAUUUUCAAUUUUUGGGAGACCUGGAAUCAGAUAUAA